AUGGGUUGUGGUUCCAGCAAGCCCAAGCCUGAGCCAAAGAAGCGCAUGACCAGGGCAGAUGUCGACCGCAUGUACGAUCCCGAGAGGUGGCGAAAGGUGACGGCUCCCAAGCCUCCCUACAACGAAAAGGACUUCGUCCCUAGGAAACCACGAAGCCGUGAUUCCAUCUGGCCCCGUGUAUCCAACCCUCGCCACGGCCGCAGCGUAAACGACAAAUCGCCAAACCACGACCAGUGUUGGAAAUAG